ACAUGGACAAUAGUAGUCAGGUUUAGACAUGGACAAUAGUAGUCAGGUUUAGACAUGGACAAUAGUAGUCAGGUUUAGACAUGGACAAUAGUAGUCAGGUUUAGACAUGGACAAUAGUAGUCAGGUUUAGACAUGGACAAUAGUAGUCAGGUUUAGACAUGGACAAUAGUAGUCAGGUUUAGACAUGGACAAUAGUAGUCAGGUUUAGACAUGGACAAUAGUAAUCAGGUAUAGACAUGGACAAUAGUAGUCAGGUGAUCACAAAGAUCGCCGGGAUCUACGCUGAGCGUCUCAUGUCUGAUGUUCUUCUUGUAGUUGGAGAUCAGGAGCUUCCAGCCCACCGGCUUAUACUAUGCGCUAGCUCAGAAGUUUUCCAGGUGAUGCUGAUGAAUUCUAAAUGGAGUGAAAGUCAAGAGAAGAAAAUUAUCUUGAUGGAAAGUCCAGCCUGUGCUGCUGUUUUCGAAGUCUUCCUUAAGUACCUGUAUACAGGAAAGAUACAUGUGAACUAUGCCAAUGUGAUUCCCCUCCUCCAACUGGCGGAUAAGUACAAUGUGAAAGAUCUUCUGAAGCUGGGAUUGAGCUUUAUGUCCCGGAAUGUGUCCCUGGCAGGGAAGAGGAACCAGGUUGUAUCCUGGUAUCAGUUUACUACUAACUGUGGAUACAGUCAUGUGUCCUCUCUUUGUCUGGAUUUUCUGAAGUGGAAUUAUGAACUCGUGUCAAACAGUAUAGACUGGCCAAAUAUAGAGGGAGAAAGUUUAGUCCGAUUAUUGUCCUGCAGUGAUAUAGUGGUUCAUGAUGAAAUUAUUAUUUUUAACAGUGUUCAGAGUUGGCUAGAGGAGCAGGGUAAGAGGAUGGAGAAGGAUGGAGAUUCAAACUUCAUCUCUCUUGAUCACCCCCCCCCCCUUGCAAUAUGUUUUCAUUUAAAUGGGAGGGGAGAUGAUUUGAAAGAAAAUAUAUCCCUGAGAAAUUGUAAAAUAUGCCUGAUAUUUAGGAGUCGUGAAGGUGCGAUAAAAAACAUUUUGAAACUAAGCGGAGGAGAUAGGUUGCUGACUCCCCGGCUUUAUACAGAGGAUAAAUACUGUGCCAGUCUUUCAGUUGAUUACUUUCCUCAACUUCCUAUGUAUCAUUGCAGAUCCUUGCAUUUCUCGGCUUUUGAAUCCACGGCUUUCUAUGCAGGAGAAAAUCAGGUGAUUUGGGGAGAUACAAUUUUAAAUCAUUUAAAGACUCGGUUAAAUCCAAAAAGUUAAUUUCAUUCUUUAUUCAUUGGAGGAUAAA